AAAACUGGUCCCUUUUUUGAAAGGAGGUGGUGGAGGGAGCCGAUGCAAAAAAUACUGAUAUCUCGUUAGCAAUUGGGUUGUUUUGGACGCACUUGUGGACCGGCAGCCGGGAGAAGCAAUGACCAGCAGUGUCAUUGGCUGCAAGCGCGUCCAUAGCAUAAUCGUUGAACAACUCGAAGACUUGGAUCAAGUGGAGCACAGUUUGCUGCUGAUCAAAGGACGACUGCAGCCGAAAUGCACAAACGCUCGCCAAUUGAAGGCAACCUUGGAUUGGCCGGCACGGGAUAAGUCCGAAGAGCAACUAACUCAAUUGUCGACAACAGGAGAGUUCAAAUUACUUUACGAUUUAGACAGCGGAAAGGAGAGUAGUCAAAUUAGGGAGGUAGAGCAACUGCAUCUACAUUUACGCUGCUGCAGCGGAUCGCGACUGAUUAACUUUACGUAUAGACCCAGACGUAGUCACUAUCGGGUCCAGCCUUUAUAUCUGGUGUGCAAGGACGAAAACGAAUUCGGAGAAUUGGCCACUGCCCGUUGUUCCUUAAUUGAUCUCAAUUUACGCUUAGUUCAGUGCAUCUAUGCCCAUAAACUGAAUGCUGCUGGAUUCCCCAAUAGAUUUUUUACCCUAAAUGAUGACUGCCAGAUAUUUCAAUCGAGUUUAACGCAAUCGGAAGUACUUGAGAGAAGCGAAGACGAAUUGUGGCAACAUUUUGCCAGCGAAAUACUUGCCAGCUCAGAGUGGGGACAACAAGUGAAUCUGAAAUUCUGUGCAUUUGUGGGCUGUACCCGUUAUAAUGGAGCUGCUGUAACGGCCAGUGGGGAUUUCACAUACGAGAAUAUACGGCGCCAUCUACACGGACACGCAGCCUUGGGUGGUGGUGGCUUGGCCCUUUUUGGCAGUGGCCACUUCUAUGCAUGGCCCCAGCGCUUCACUGAAAUCGGUGACUGCAUUAGGAGCAAGGAGCGUGUGGACAUUGGACGAUUGCCGGACGAAAGCAACUAUAGACGGACAUAUGGUGGUGUCUAUGCCAGCACUUUGGGGGCAGUGUGCCAUGAAUUGGGCCAUUGUUUUGAUCUCGGUCACACACGUGAUGGUGUAAUGGGUCAGGGAUUUGAUUAUCUAAAUCGUGUUCUCACAGUUGAUCAGCUCACAGAGCAUUUGCCACAGCGAAUUGUCGCCGUUAAAGGUAAUACCAAGACUCCAUCCCCAUCCCCAUCAGCAGCUGCUCCAUCCACAUCAGCGACACGCCUUCGUUUAACCCAGUUAAAGAAGCCAAUCAAUCAACACUUGGACAAUUAUCACACACAACGACUUACCGAUAGUUUCUAUUUCACGCGAAAUUGUGCAGUGAUAUUAGCCCAACAUCGAUGGCUAAGAGAUUCAAAUUCGGAAGAGGAGAAACACAAACAGGAUUCGUCGAGUGUUAAUAUAUCCCUGGAUAUUGCGGCUGAGGCAAUUGUCUCUACCAUACCAUUACGUCUCAUUGAGCUGCGGUGUAAUCUGGAUAGUCUGGUGGCUCACUACGAAGAGUUUGCAGAGGAUAAGCUUUCAGCUCCAGUUUAUCAAUUUCCAUUGCCUGGAGCAUUGUGGCAUCUGUUGGCCAAGCAAUGUACCCAUUACGUCUUUGUUUUGACCAGAAGUGGAGAUACCAAACGUUUGGCCUGUGAUUAG